CUGCAUCUGCAGGCAGUCGUUCUUCUAGCAUAAACAUGACUGUUUACCAGUGAUUGUUUCUCGACACCUAGAUACAAGAAAUGUGAUCUACAUUCUGAAUUAGACAAUAAUAAUAAAAAAAUAAGAUCUUCGAGCUCCAUGGAUACAAUUCAAGCGCAAAAUAAUCUGUUACGAGAAUGCCUCCGUAAACAGUUGGAUGAGUUCCACAUGCUGUCCUCGAUAUUCUGCAACCCUGGUGAACUGCAUGUCGAUAACUACAGCUUCAUCGAUAACAUCAACGCGUACGUCGAAGAAGAAACAAAACAUUUAAAGGCUAAACUUGACUAUCAACUGAAUCUACCGCUGCUGGAAGCAGAAAAGGUUCAAAUACGUGUUGAGCUACCUCAUCUCUAUCCGGGAAUCGAAAUGCCGCUCUUCGUUGUGAGAUCAGUAAUUUUUUCCCGCGACCAGGAACGAGCGAUUAGUGAGAAGAUCGAAAACUACAUACGUGAAGAAGUACUGGACCUGAGCGAACCCUACGUUUAUCAGGUAAUUUCAUGGAUUCAAGAUAACUUCUCCGAAAUCGCAAACAGCAUAGCUAAAACGAAAGAAUUUACUGACUUACCCAAUCCUGCGAAUUUCACCGCGAACUUAACCUUUGAGAGGCUGUGGAUUUAUUCGCACCACUUGAAAAGCAAAACGAAACGACAAAUGAUUUUGAAAACCGCUAAAGACUUAGACCUGAGUGGCUUUUCGAGACCCGGCAAGCCAGCAAUCGUGUGCGUCGAAGGUCGCCAGCAGGACACGCAAGAGUUUUGGCGAACGGUUCGACCCCUUAAAUGGCAGAAAAUUCAAAUCAAAAUUGCAGAGACGAAAGUGUUAGAACAGGCGGACACUUUGGAUGAAUGUCGUAGAUUUGUUGGCUUUCGCGAGGAGCUGUUCACCGAAGUGGACGAUGAAAACGACGAGGAAGUGCCUAUGAGCAUGAGUUUAUUCAUGAAAUUUUUAGACAGACAUGAGAGUAGCUAUAUAAGGAAGGAAAUUUUCGGGUUCGAGCAAGUUGAUGAUGAAAUAUAAAAUGCCUAUUAUUGUUUUAUACUAUA